UUUCGCUCAUUCCAAGUGUGAGAUCAUCCUCAAAACCUUAUUUUGUCACUAUAUCAGUUGACAAUACUAUUUAGUAAAGCCACCUCUAUUUUUCUUAGUCCUCCAAAUUUAGAAACCUAUAUACACUUAACCGAAAAAAUGGAGCAAAUGGGAGCUUUUUUUGAUGAAGAAUGGGAGUCAUUAACCAAAUUAUUCUCAAGUACUGAAACUGCAGAUUUCAUGCUUCAAUUGCAUGGCGAUCAAGGCAGCUUGUUCGCGAUUAAUGCUCGCGAAAAUGCUGGCUCGAGCUAUGAGAAUGGUCCUCCACAAUUAGGUGAUGAUCAACAUGAAGCUAACAAUAACUUUCAGUAUUUUUCUCAAGAAAGUAGCAUUACUAGCUGUGGAAGUGAUGGCAUUUUUUUCACUAACAAUCCGAGCCACGACAUUGAUCAUGAUGUUAAUAAUCAGCUCCUAGCAAUUAACAAUCAAACUGAUGAUCAGUCCAUUGAUUUCUUUGUUAUGGACAACAAAAAUAAUCUUGAAAAUUUGUCUCUUAAUUUUCCUGAUGAUACUAAUGACAUGGACUCAUCCUUAUGUAAAGAAGAGAUGGUACGUGACCAAUUGGACAAUGUUGGAAUUUCCCCUGUUUUAGGCAAGGAAAUUCAACUGAAGAGGAAGUUUGACAAAAUUGCACUUCAAUCAAGUUCAAAGGAACAAAAAUUCAAGGAGGAAUUACCUGAGAAUCCGAAGAAGAAAUCGCGAGGGUCAGCACAAGAUGCGCAGAAAAAUAAGAAAAAGACACAGCCAAAAGGGAAAAAGAAUCAGAAGAUAACUGAAAUUAACAAUGAAGAAGGAGAAGAUGAAGAAACUAAUAAUGCAGCUAUUCAAAAUGGACAAAGCUCAAGUUGCUGCAGUUCUGAGGAUGAUUGUAAUGGAGGUGCAAUAUCUUCAAAAUCUAAAGGGAAAUCAAGAGCCAGUAGAGGAGCUGCUACAGAUCCACAAAGCCUUUAUGCUAGGAGAAGAAGAGAAAAGAUCAAUGAAAGAUUGAGAAUCUUGCAGAACCUUGUUCCCAAUGGCACUAAGGUUGACAUUAGCACAAUGCUUGAAGAAGCAGUUACUUAUGUGAAGUUUUUGCAGCUUCAAAUUAAGUUAUUGAGCUCGGACGAACUCUGGAUGUAUGCUCCAAUUGCUUACCAUGGAAUGGAUAUUGGUCUCUAUCAAAAGAUGAUGCCAAGUUUGUAAUAACUUUGGAAGCAACAUUGCCUUGCAAUUUUUUAUUAGUUGUUACCUUGAAAUAACAGAUACAACAGAAACCACCCAAGUAUGUUGACUAUGUAAAAAAGCAUCUAUCAUUUCUUGAUCAUGAGGAGUAAUUCUCAUGUUUUAUAAAGUAACCAUUAAUUAAUGAAUUAAGUUGAGAAUAUCUGUCAACUA